AUGGGUAACUUGCCGCAGCGACGUGUGACAGCGAGUGGUUAUCCCUUCGAGACCGUCGGAGUCGACUACGCCGGACCUAUCAUGUCAGCCAGUCGUCAAGGUCGCGGCUACAAACUUGUCAAAGUUUAUAUUAUUGUUUUCGUGUGUUUCGCAACUAAAGCCAUGCACAUUGAGUUAGUAGGUGAUUUGACUAGUAAUAAUUUUAUGUCGGCUCUUCGUCGUUUUAUGUCACGUCGCGGCAAACCUAAACACAUUUAUUCCGAUAACGGGACCUCAUUCGUAGGUGCGUAUACUGAAAUCGGUCGUUUUAUUAAAGGCAGUCUCAAUUCUCUACCUGGUGACCUCGCUCCUGACUGCAUUAAUUUUCACUUUUUACCUCCUCACGCCCCUCACUUCGGUGGUCUAUGGGAAGCAGGCGUUAAAUCUGUAAAGUUCCAUCUUAAAAGAAUUCUUGGUAAUUGUAACCUCACAUACGAGGAAUUAAACACUGUGUUGGUCCAAAUCGAAGCAGUUCUCAACUCUCGUCCGCUUACGCCACUCUCAGCAGAUCCUAGCGACCUGCUGCCGUUGACGCCGGGACAUUUCCUCAUCGGCCGCCCUCUCACUGCGCUGCCGGCUGACUGCUACGAGCACCAUGCCACUGGAAGACUGAGCCGAUAUCAACACCUGGAGCAGCUCCGCCAACACUUCUGGCGCAGAUGGAGCAAGGAGUAUAUCUCUGAACUUCAGUUGAGGACGAAAUGGCGCUCUAAUCUCAACCCAUUGCAGGAAGGUGUUCUGGUCAUUCUGAAGGAAGACAACCUGCCGCCGCUCAAAUGGCGGCUGGGUCGAGUCGUGGCAGUCCAUCCCGGAGCGGACGGAGUAUCCCGCGUGGCCGACGUGCGGACUGCGACAGGUGUCGUGCGCCGCGCAUUCAGCAAGAUCUGCCCGCUGCCUCAUGACGACAACUAGUUUUGUUGAAGGACGAGCCUUCAACGCCCGGGGGCAUGUUGGCGCAAAUUCGCCGAUGCGCUGAGCGCCUGGAAUUAUACUCGAGCAAUGUUUUUUGAUCAAGUAGGGAAGUACCCUACACAACCUAAGAUUUUUAAUUAUGCUUCCCAAUUUGAAUGUAACCUCUUUAACUUGUCUGUACUCGUUGAACGCUCGCCGAAUAAACAUCUCAAUCCUCUCUGGCAACUAUCAUUUUAACCUUCCGUAG